AUCACAGCUCUGUAUACUGCAUCAACUGCAUCUACUGCCCCUCGCUCUCCUCUUCCUCCACCUGUGAUCGUCCCAGGUGACGCCCUCACCUCACUGAGGGGAGCUCCACCUGCAGCCUGCUGGAUGCACAGCUGCCCAGCUACUGCCUGUGUUCACUGCAAACACAAACAGGUGUACGUGACAUCCCUCCGGUAACAGGUCAGUGUGUGUCCCUCGGGGCUGUGCUGUUAUUAUGGCCAAUCCUACAGUUAUUGUGCAGCCAGUAGCUUUCCAGCCUCCAGACAACCAGAGAAUUGUCCAGUGGAGCAGCGGGAUAUGUGACUGCUGUGAAGACAUGGGCAUCUGCUGUUUUGGCUUCUGGUGCCCAUACUGUUUGAUGUGUAACACAACCAAGAAGUAUGGCGAGUGCAUGUGCCUCCCCCUGGUGGAGUUGUGCUUUGGAGGUCUGAUCCCUCCUGUCACCUACAGCAUGAGGAGCUCUAUGAGAGAGAGAUACCACAUUCAGGGCUCCAUGUGUGAUGACUGCUGUGUGUCGACCUGCUGUGGAAUCUGUGCGUGGUGUCAGAUAGCCAGAGAACUGAAGUAUCGCCGCCAGCAGCCCCAAGUGAUUGUGAACUCCUCUGUUAACGUGGCUUUUCAGUCUCCAAUGGCCGCCAUACCCCAUCCUCAAGUCAUAACCCACUGACCAUAUACAUAUGACUGAUGCGGGAUACUAAUCAGAUAAUAAUUACUGUAUACCUAAUUCAAGGUUUACUUAGAUUAUAUAUAGUUAUUUAAAGAUUAUAUAAUGUCUAGUUUUAAGAAUUUACUGUCAUCACAAGCUGAGCCAAUUUAACAGGCUGUUUUAUAGAAUUACGUAGCACUUAUGUUUUAUUUUUUGAGGAAACUGCACUUUUAUAUGCAUAGGUCAAGCAAUUUAAAUUUCUGUUUACCACCACAGGCAAUGUUAAAUCUAAUAUUGUUAUUUAUAAUGUCGGUGCCACACAAAAACCUGUAUCUUUUUAUGCUUUUCCCUGUUCCCUGUAAUUUUGUAUUUAAAUUAACUUAAAUUGUUUCAGAAACUGAUACCUUAAACCUUUACUUAAACAGUGUAUGCCUUAACAACACCCUGAACCGAGUACAAACAAUGCACGUAUUAGGUCUAAUUAAGUAAAUUAAUUGUAUGUAGUUUGGACCAUAGGGUUAAAAAACUCUGCACAUCAGUACAGUAGAGUAGGGGAAUGACUACACACUGUGGGGAAGAGGACAUAACAUUACAUUCCCGUUUUUCGCAUUAUAAGGCGCAUUGGAUUACAAGGCACACAAUCAAUUAACAUUUAUUUUCUGGUCUAUUUUCGUACAUAAGGCAUACCGGAUUAUAAGGUCCAUUAAGGUACACUAGUAAGGAACAGGGGUGUUGCCAUGUUUUCCUUCUAAAUUGCUAAUUCCUUCUAAUUCCGCUGGGUGGCGAGACCUGUAAAGCUAAGAUAAGCUAAGUAAACAAAACUGUAAUUCUUUAAAAAUAUAUAUUUUAAAGUCGUUGGAUAUUAAUCUACACAAAUUCUGUCAUGAAAACUGAUUAUUUGGGUAAGUAAAAUGCUUCCGUUUAUUUACAGUAAGCUUAGAUUUCCAGAUUUCCAAUAAGUCAUUAGCAGCUAACCGCUAGCACUAGCCGCAAGUCAUUGCCUCACUGAGGAACCCUGAGCGUUUCAGUAAACUAGGGCGAUAUAAGCAAGCGUUUCCUCCCAAUAGUUUGUUUUAACACACAGACUACAGUCCGAAAUACACACCUCUGAUCAGCGAAGGAGCUAAUGCUUAGUGUGGUUAGCGGCGAAUGCUAAUACUGCUUCAGCAGUGCUAGCUGGGGUUAGCAAGCCGAUAACUCUCACCUCUAAAUGUCAAAAGAGCUAGCGCUAAUGCUAAUACUGCUGGAGAGCUAAACUAAAACUAAACUGAAAUGCUGGACUUCAGUGGAGUGGCUUUACUGCUCCUUACAAUCUGUACAACUUGUAAAAUUAUUUUAAUAUAUAAGGCGCACCAGAUUAUAAGACACACUUUUGAUUUUUGGGAAAAUUAAAAGAUUUUAAGUGUGCCUUGUAGUGCAAGAAAUAUGGUACAUAACAUUACAUAAAUGAGUUAGUCAGGCUUAUUUGUGUGAUCCUAAGUUUCUUUAUAAGAAGCCCAGUUAUACUUUUAAGUGUGAUAAAUGGAACAAUUAAAAGGCUCCAAGAUGAUUUGAACCAAAUACUCCAAAAAUCGACUCCAUUGGACGUUUUUCCUCUUUUGUAAAAUUGCUAUUUUAAAAAUACAGGAUUUUUGCAUAACAGUGAACGGACUGUAUGUUGCACUUUCAGAGACCAGAUAUAUUUUUGUGACAUAUUUGUUUAAUUAUUAUUUUAGCCUGUGCAAAUUAAACAGUUUAACACAAAGAGAUAUUAAAGUAAAUGUGUGUGGAACACUUUGAAUAAAUGAAUGAAUAAAUCAUAUACUUAUGUA